UGUGUUCAGAGAUUAACCUGGGUUACUGCAACGACCUGGACUACUCCAGGACCAUCUUCCCUAACAUCCUAGGUCAGCAGUCUCGUCAUGAGGUGGAGUCUGGAGCUGAGUACCUCCUCCUCUCUGUGAUCCACGGUCUCCUCAACGGGGAGUGUUCCCCAGACAUCCGUCUGUUGGGGUGCUCCGUCCUCGCCCCGCCCUGCCAAGACCUACCCAGGCCCGCACCAGUCAAGUCGUGCCGCAGUGCAUGUGAGGCGGUGAGGAAGGGGUGUGGCCACGCGUUCGAGGGCAUCGACAUGGCGUGGCCUUACUUCCUAGACUGUGACCGAUUCUUCGCCAGCGAACAGGAAGGCUGUCACGACCCGUUGGCCCCGUUAAGAGCCAGACAGGAAGUGGCUUUCUCCAACCUGUCUCCAGACGAACCCUCCACCAUCAUUCAGUUCACGUACCACUCCAACGCCCAGAUGUACAACGUUCUGAAGAGGACUGCUGCCAAGUGCUCUCACAUCUCCCGCACCUACAGUAUCGGACGCAGCACAGAGGGGAAAGACCUCCUGGCCAUAGAGUUCACAGACAACCCCGGAGGGCACGAACUAUUGGAACCGGAGAUCAAGUUGGUUGGCAACAUGCAUGGCAACGAGGUCCUGGGUCGUCAGUUGCUGCUCUACCUGGCCCAGUACCUGUGUUCCGAGUAUCUCCUUGGCAACCAGCGUAUCCAGACGCUCGUAAACACCACACGCAUCCACAUCCUGGCGUCCAUGAACCCCGACGGUUACGAGCUGGCGGCCGCCGAGGGUCACGAGCUCAACGGUUGGACGGUGGGUCGCACCAACGCUCAGAACCUAGACUUGAACCGGAACUUUCCUGACCUUACGUCUAUUCUCUACCGGAAUCGCAGGAUCAAACGGUUCCGCACCGACCACAUCCCCAUCCCAGACUCUUACUGGUUUGGUAAGGUAGCUUCAGAGACCUAUGCAGUGAUGAAAUGGAUCAGGACUGUGCCGUUUGUCCAGUCUGCUAGCCUCCAUGGUGGAGAGCUGGUGAUCUCUUAUCCCUUUGACUUCUCCAGACACCUCCAUGAAGAGAGGAUGUUCUCCCCUACACCUGAUGAACAGGCGUUUAAGCAGCUGGCCCGGACGUACGCAGACUCUCACGCCAGCAUGGCCGACAACAACACAGAGAGGUGUGGAGCGUCCUUCAUCAGGAGCGGAGGCAUCAUCAACGGAGCUUUGUGGUACAGCUUCCCAGGGGGCAUGUCAGACUUUAACUACCUCCACACUAACUGUCUGGAGAUUACGGUGGAGCUGGGCUGUGACAAGUUCCCUUCUGAAGAGGAGCUCUACCCAGAGUGGCUCAGGAACAAGGAGGCCCUGCUCAGUUUCAUGGAGUCGGUCCACAGAGGUAUUAAGGGAGUGGUGAAGGAUGAGGAGGGCUAUGGAAUUAAAGGAGCGUCCAUAUCUGUCAGGGGAAUACGUAAAGAUGUCACCACAGCGGAGGAUGGUGAUUACUGGAGGUUAAUGAACUCAGGAACACACAUCAUAACAGCAUCAGCUAAAGGUUACUCCAAGGUCAGCAAGAGAAUUUACCUGCCAGCUCACAUGGAAAAAGCUGGGCGGGUCAACUUCGUGCUCAAAAAGGUCCCUGUACAGCCAGUAGGACCAGACUACCACCUGUUCCUCAGCUCCUCCCUGGACACUUACGACCGCUUCGACCCUUACAACCACUUCCAGAGCUACGGCCGCUCCGAGCCGGGAGAACCCAGAGAACCCAGGGAACCGGGGAUGGGAGGAGAACCGGGGAUGGGAGGAGAGCGGCAGGAGAAGCCAUGGUGGUGGAACUACUUUACUCAGGCAGGGUUCUCUGCUCCCACCUGGCUGCUACGGAACUUCUAGAAGACUGGACAGAAUAAAGACUGAAACGGCACACUAUUCCCUUAUUUGGUGCACUACAUUUGACCAAAGCCCAUAGUGCAGGGGGCCGUUGUAGCCUGCAUCCCAAAUGGCACCCUAUUCCCUAUAUAGUGCACCCUAUUCCCUAUAUAGUGUACCCUAUUCCCUAUAUAGUGCACCCUAUUCCCUAUAUAGUGUACCCUAUUCCCUAUAUAGUGCACCCUAUUCCCUAUAUAGUCAAAAGUAGUGCACUAUAAAGGGGAUGGGUGCUAUGAGGAAUGUCUCCUACUAGUAGAGGCAUGAAUUGGUUUUCAAUAUUUUUUGGUUUCUGGCCUCCAUCACAUUUAGCUCUGGCAGGAGAACCACCAACGUUCCCCUCAUGUUACCAGAAGGCCUGUGUUCUGAUUAGUCUUCCUGUGUAGAUAGGCCAGGUACCUCGUCCACCAGGGGUACACCUGCCUCCACUAUGGACAGGAGUCUGAUCAUGUGUUGUCUUGACCAGGAAGGAUUCUGGGCCCCAUUAACAUAUUGGGUGUUCUAUUUAGAAUGUUACAUUAAGACAUUCUGUUCACAACAUUCCUCCUCUGAGUUCUGUUUUCCUCAGUGUUCUAUUUAGAAUGUUACAUUAAGACAUUCUGAUCACAACAUUCCUCCUCAGUGUUCUAUUUAGAAUGUUACAUUAAGACAUUCUGAUCACAACAUUCCUCCUCAGUGUUCUAUUUAGAAUGUUACAUUAAGACAUUCUGAUCACAACAUUCCUCCUCAGUGUUCUAUUUAGAAUGUUACAUUAAGACAUUCUGAUCACAACAUUCCUCCUCUGAGUUCUAUUUAGAAUGUUUCAUUAAGACGUUCUGAUCACAACAUUCCUCCUCUGAGUUCUAUUUAGAAUGUUUCAUUAAGACGUUCUGAUCACAACAUUCCUCCUCUGAGUUCUAUUUAGAAUGUUACAUUAAGACAUUCUGAUCACAACAUUCCUCCUCUGAGUUCUGUCUUCCUCAGUGUUCUAAUAACGCUUCUGUUUCAAUGUCUUUCUGUUACAACAAGUGGACUUGAGGAUCUGACAGGUUGGGACACACACAAACCCUAGCGCGCACACACACACACACACACACACACACACACACACACACACACACAUACACAUACACAUACACACAGAGACACACACUCCUCUCUGCCUCUUAGUGGUGGUCAUUUGUCAUUUUUAAGGAUUGGGGGCAAAUUCUAAACACACAGGCAGCUUGUGAUGACUUACUGCCUUCAAGACUCAGCAUGACUAAAGAUACUCCUCUCCUCUCCUCCCCUACUCUCCUCUCCUCCCCCCUACUCUCCUCUCCUCCCCUA